CGUAUAUUAUUGACAGAACGUCGCAUACAGAGAAGCAUCAGUAGUUUAAUGUUUUGCUGAGUCAGGCGAGUCUAAUACGCAUCUAUGUAUAUAUCACUUAUUUCAUACGUAUGAUUUCUUGCAGCACUUACGCGGUGAAAUAUAACGUAAAACUAUGUAAAAUGACACUUCUGUGAAUAACUUAUAUGCGCAGUGAGGCACAACAUUCUGUGCGUUCACUUUUCCGUCGCUCGUGCCCCUUCCUGUUAUUGGUCCCUUAAUUUAGUGCUCGUAAGCAGCAGAUAAUGAAACUUCGAGUUAAUACUUCAAAACGGACACAUCCACGGGCAUGCUGGGUGGAGAUACCAGAAGAGAAUCCAUCACUGGGUGAUCUGCGUGCUGUGAUAUCAGAAAACCUACUUCCAGUAUUGGGAUACAGCUCUGAUGUCCAGUUUGCCAUUUCCUUGAAUGGUAGAGAUGCACUUACAGAAGAUGAGGCAAGCCUUUCCUCUCUUGGUGUGGUACAUGGAGACUUAGUUUGGAUAGAAAUUCAUGGUUCAUCGCCUGCAGUGGUCUGUGCCUCAGACCAAAGUAAUAUGCCAGCUGCCUGUGAUUUUAGACAAAAAGCAAUCAUGAUUUCUGAAAAUGGGACAGGCGAGUCAUCUUCCUUAGUAUGCGAAAACCAGGCAGGAGCCAGUAGUGAGUCUGUGGAUAAAGGACCACCACCUGACACUGAUUCUGAUUGUGUAUUAAUGUUGGAUUCAGAAGUGGAGGAAGGUGAAGGAGUUGGUUCCUAUCUGCUUGAACCCAUGUUGUGUUGUGAAGCAACUGAUGGAAAAGUGCCGCACUCACUGGAGACUCUGUACCAUUCAGCACAUUGUCAAGAGUCCUUUGAUUUCUUAAUUGUUGUGUUACAUUUGCUGAUGCUGGAAACUGGUUAUUUACCUCAGGGUACUGGAACCAAUACCAAGUCAAUGCCUGAUAAAUGGAAGAAUGGGGGGGUCUAUAAACUGAAUUACAUUCAUCCACUCUGUGAAGAAGGAUUGACCACCCUAGUCUGUACGCCUAUGGGAAAACUUCUUGUUGUCAACGCAUUGUUAAAGGUUGAAAAUAAGGUUAAAGUUGGGAAACGUCUGCAGUUGCCUCCGGUAUUGUACAUCAGUAGUCCAACACACCAGGGUCAACAAAAUGCUGCCGAAAUUUAUAAAGAUCUUCAAAAAUUAUCUAGAGUGUUCAAGGAUCAGCUGGUAUAUCCUCUGCUGGCUUCUGCAAGGCAAGCUUUGAAUUUGCCAGAUGUGUUUGGACUGGUAGUUUUGCCACUGGAAUUGAAGUUACGAAUUUUCCGCCUCCUUGAUGUUGAAAGCAUUUUAAAAUUGUCUUCCACCUGUCGUGACCUCAGUACAGACUUGAAUGACAAACUGCUUUGGCGAUUUCUUUAUAUUCGGGACUUCAAAGAUCCUUUUACAAAACCUUUAGAUGAAGACUGGAAAGAACUGUAUAAAAUGAAAGCAAAGCAAAAGAAGAGAGCACAGCAGCAGAAAACCAGGAUGUUCCAAUCCCGCUAUAUUAUUCCUCGCCUUCCUCCAAAUUCUCCUAGCAGUUUCUAUCCUCCUGGAAUCAUUGGAGGAGAGUAUGAUGAGAGGCCUAUUCUUCCUUAUGUUGGUAAUCCUUUCAACUCUCUUAUACCAGGUUUAGGGAGCACAUCAACCAGAUGUCCACCAGUGAGACCACAUUCUGAUCCCGCCAGCCUAAUGCAAGGACUAGAUGGAUUAUUCCAAGGACGUGCUGGUCCAGGUGAAAGGUUUCCUCCCAGACCUACCCAAGGCAGACGUGUGGACUAUAGACGAGCAUUUAUUUGAAUCUUGCAAGAUUAAUAAUUGAUUAGGGUGUGGCGUAUGUAGUGUGUAUCAUGCUGCCGAUUAAUAAAACUGUGUAAUUUUGUCUGGAAAAAUCUGUUUCCCUUUGAAGAACUAGGUAUUUGGAAAUUUAUAAAAACAAAUCAUAAGCAGAUGAUAACACUAAUUGCUGUGCUACAGUACUUUGCAUUUUUAUAAAUUAAAAUUGUUUCCUUAUUAAGGAAUUCCUCUGAAA